AUGGACUCUGACUCUAUCCAACCAGUCUUUGAUGUUAACGAUAAAUCUAUAGACCCGUGCUUCAUGGCGCAGGCAACAAUUCCAGCCGACACACGUCUGGACAAAUUGACUUACACCUACUUUGUGCUCAUAUAUAUCGACGCAGAUGGCACAGUUCGUCUACAAGUCUCACAGUCAAUCGCAAAUAAUUGGCCGGCGGUACAAUCCGCUAGGUUGAUUGAUGAAUUUCUGAGAGUCGUGAUGAAACACGGCAUGUUAGUGUCGCCCAAGCGAGCGAUGACAAUGAUUGCCAACACUUUUCACUCAUUGCAGGUGGCUCAGGUACCCUACACUGGGACGAAUCUUGGGAUUAAGGGCCAAAUUAAGGGCCACAUGCGAAAUCCGGUCGCGGCAGAAGCUCCCUUUCAGCGUACAGUGUGGCCAUUCUACAACCAGUCUAAAUUCCGCUUGCCUACUGAACUUCUCUCACUUAACUUGAAGGAUGAUUGCAACAAUAGUUCUAAUAUGAAUAACGACAAGAGAGCCAUGAUAUCCGUCAACAACCGAGAUCACUUGACCUUGUAUUAUACAGAGGCCUUCGAGAGUCUACAACAGAGAAAUUGCCGAAUCCUUGCGAAAGCCUAUAUCAAGCUUGUGGAGCCUCGCAAGCAGGUGAACUAUCCAUACAAUGGACGAAAGAUUGUUUCAGGGGCUACAAGGCAGUUUGAUCCCCAGGUGACUAAACCACCGUGGUGGCCUUCUGGAGUAAGCUAUCGGGAGCCAGAUCACCUCCCCAAAGUUGAACGCAUUCGACUUCUGGUUCACAUUCUUCGCGAGCUGCGCAUCAGCCACGGGAUUUCAGUCGCAAAACUUCAAGAAGCUGAUCAGCCAAUCCGCUCUCAGAUUUUUCCACCCGAGCGAUUACAGAUCCUGGAUGAGCUGUACCAAGUCAGGCAACAAGAAGAGCAGAUCUUAAUGCGAACAAACGAUGAACAAACCAUAGCUUGGAACUCUAGUGCAAAUCUUCCGAAAUCAGCGGGAACAGAUGCUAGCACUACAGACGGCAGCGGAGACAUCAGCCCAAUUAACCCAGCCACCGUUCGAGAACCCGAGCCUUUUAUAGGCUGCCCGAGAUACGUCUCUACUGUGGAUGCCCCCGAUGGAGAGUUCUCCACAGAUUCAUCGUUGAGCCAUAAUGCCCGCCCAAGUCAAAUCGCAGAUAUCAAGCCCGAACAACAAAUAAUUGAGCAUCAAUCAAAUUUUGACUCUCUGUGUGUCUCCACACGUGUUCUAAAGAGGAAAUGUGACUUCUUUGAGACCUACCCGGUUAAUGCAAGACCUACCCGCCUUGCUCAUGAUUCUCCACCUACUCCAAGUGCUAGUCAGCCAGUUUACGGCACUCCUUACUACCUUCAGUACCCGGAAGCCUUUCUAACCGGGUCUUCAUUCACGGAUCUGUCGCCAGAUAGCACAGUGAAAGCCAUCGCUAAGUCACAUGUUAAGCUCGUCGAGCCACGAAAGCAGGUACUCUAUCCUUAUAAUGGGCGUAGAGUCAUCUCUGGCGUAUCGCAACCCCUCGACCCCGAACUCACUAAGCCCGGAUGGUGGCCUGUCGGUGCUCUACACAGAGAACCGGAUCAUCUCCUCAAGCCUGACCGACUUCGCCUGCUAGUCCAUAUACUAUGUGAGCUCAAAGAUACUCACGGCAUAAUAGUGGACAAACUUCGGAGCGCUAGUCAAGAUGUACGCCGCCAGGUCGCGCCGGCAAACCGACUAGAAAUCCUAGAUGAGAUUUAUUUCGUACGGCAGGUGGAAGAGCAAUUUCUGGACGGAGAGAUUCAUGCGAACACCCUGAUCUAG